AUGAAGAGAGGAGCUGAAAAACAGCUUAACUACGACAAUUGGGACGAGCCUGAGGAGCAUACUGACUCUGGGAAGUUUGAGAAGGCUGACCCGGAGACUCUCAAGGCUCGAAAAAUUUUGGUGGUGCGCAGAAAUUCUACCCAGCCCUCUUCAAACAAAUUGGGUAUCUUUAAGUCAUUCGAUGCUUUUGGUGCUGUCAAGACUACGUCCCCUAACUCCUCAUCGACGACUGAGAAUUCGGACGCAAAAUCACCGAAUGACGCUUAUCUGGCAAAGUUGUCCGUCCUAAAUAAAGAAUUUUUGGCAUGGGUAACCAAGCAUGUGUCCGAGGACCCUUACUGUAUACUGACACCAAUCUUUGGCGACUACUCAAGGCACCUGCUCUCCAUCGAAACAUCAGCAAGUACCUCGGAGGACAACGCAAAGGCCGCGCAUUCUUCCGAAAAAGCCCCGACAGAUUUGAACAGUUCCCAACCCUUCAGUUUUCAGACUUCCACAACCGCUGCCCCACCGCCUUUGCCAGCGCCCUUUAAGCCCUCCUUCCCGAAUGGCGGUUUCACAUUUUCAUUUUCUCAGACCAGCACAUCGAGCGAGUCGCCAAAACAUGUAUUUAGUUUUGGCUUGUCAGCGAUGAAAAAUACCAACGUCACCUCAUCAGCGACGCCAACCUUCUCCUUUUCGGCGACACCAAAAGAGGCCACUGAAGAGGCAAAGUCAAGCACAAAUGAUGCAGGUAAUUAGUUCUGUUUCGUUGACUAUUAGACCGUUUUUAUUAGCGUGGUCUUUACUGCCAAAAAGGCUACAGACCCUGCGCCCAUUUAUGCUGCAGGGUCCUCCCAAUUAUUGCAACUUAUUUCGGCACAAGAACUAUCAUUAACUUAAGCAUCGUUCCGCUGGGCAUGUUGCCCGAAAGUCUUAAGCGUUAGUCUCUGCUCAUGGUGAAGCAAAACCUCCGUAUUAGGCUGAGGCCAGGGUGUGCCAACGACCAUUAGGGGCCACGAAGGAGAUGCCGUUGUCCGUCUUUUUCGCGUCAGCUCAUUUCUUUUGUGCAUGGGGCAGACUCUGUUACCGCAAAGCGCUGGUAUCAAGCUUGGCAGACGUCAAAGACACCGGAUUAGGGAGCCAUUGCAGCCUGAUCCUCAGUUCUAUCAAUUGAUAACUUUCCCAGCCGCGUCUGUUAGCUCGACGGGGUAGUUUCAAAGCGCUCUCGACCGUGGUGAGGAGGCUAGGCGUUUGACCCAAACAGGAUUUUUUCCCACCAUUUCACCGGCAAGUUUGAGUCCUGCCACCUGAUGGAAGGCGACUGUUUUUGUUGGUGUUGGAGGGGGUAGGAGAGGGUAAUCGCUACCGGUGGGCGCUAUUUAACAUGUGGACAGGUUAAUGAGUGGACUUGUGGUAGACAGUGAUGUAACGUAAGUCACAGCUUGAAACAGCGUGUGUAGUCGGAGGUGUCGUAACUGCCACAUUAGGUGUCCUAUAUAUUUUGCCGGACGAUUGAGCCACAGACAUUACUGGAGAAUGCGGGUGGUCAGGCAAGGUGAACCUUACUUCUACUUAGUUGUAUUUGACACAACUGAUCAUGUCUGACCUAACCAGACCCGAUGAUGUUGCGGACAGUCUAUAGAAGCGAAAAGAUGAUUUUCUGUAUGCUGUUCAAAAUAAUGAGAUGCCAUUAAACAUCUUAUACCAGCGGUCGUAUCUCCUUCUUUUGUCACAAAUUGCGCCUCCUACAGUGGUGGAGGCCGUGGUCAGAAAGUCCAAAAACCAUUUCCAGGCCUUGUCAAACCGAGUCGAGCUAGGUUGCAACUUGACUUCGUCAUCGACGUCUCCAGGUGGACAACGCCGCCGGAUCGAAGACAGCAGCACUAAGCUCUUGAGGUGGACGACGACAAACGUGGCCUGAGGUAUCCUAGAGAUUUUUGCAGCUGUUGCGGACUACCUUGUUCGAAACCAAGUCAGUAUACUUUACUCGAAGAACGGUUAUCAGGCAGUCUUUGCAAAUAAACUGGCCUUUUUCUCGAUUUAAUUCACCUGUGACAGCAACGAUGUUCUCCUUCCCGCUUGUGUACGCUUUUCCCUGUCGUGCUCUUUUCAGAGGACGAGGAGUACGUCCCCCCGAAGCCCGAAGUGCGUGAGAUCAAGGAAGAGGGCUCCGUUUUCACAAUGCGGUACGUACCCCGCUAUCUUUGUUUUUCCUCGGAGUGUCUGCCCUCCAUAAUUGUUUGGGAAAAAAUACGUCAUCAGUGCUCCGUUUUCUGACCUUCGGCCACUGGGCUACGACAUAAGUCGAAGAUAGUGCAGCAUUCACUGCAGUCAUGAGGUAUGCAUGGGAAUUAAAACUAUCAUCGGAAUGGAGUUGCCAUAAUGAUGCACCUGGCAUUCUGGCUUUCCGUCGGACAUUUCUAUGCGAUCCACUACAAUUUCGCUCAAAGUCACUACUUAGGUAGGCUAUUUCAUUUUCAGUGUUCGCAUGCCUAUUUAGGGUGGGUCCUUCUUAUUAGACAGAACUCCCAAACGACUCAUAGGCCCAUCGUGGGAACUCACGUCUUCGUAAAAACCGAUUUUCAAAUUGUGGAAUAGUUUACCUUUAGGGGAGUUCAUGUCUUAGUAACCCCGCUGGUACUUUCACCUGAAUUUACCCGUAAUUUCAACUUUGUUCGUUUUCUUAUUCUCCCAGUUGUCCCAGACGCACUUUGCCGAGUUAGUGUUUCCGGAUGUUUUGCCAUAGUAAAUUGCUAGCAAUGCUUGGGACAUUUUCAUAGAACAUGCAUGCCGAAUGCAGUAGUAUUUCCUUCUACCUUCCCCAGCAUUUUCUCCUCCCCCCGCUCUCACUCGUUAUUCGUUUACUUUCCCUUCAACCUCUUGCCUUGGUCUCAUCUGUAUAGGUGCAAAUUGUUCUACAAGAAGGCAGAUCAGUGGACCGAGCGCGGUUUGGGAAAUCUUCAUAUAAUCCCAUCGGAUGAUCAGAGGUUUCAACUUUUAAUCCGAGCCGACACCAACUUGGGUAUGUCACGUUUCGUACCGCACUUAAAAUUGACAAAUAGUCCCGCCCCCCCCCCCAUCCUCUUUGUUUUUGUGUAACUGUCCGACUUCCUCACGCUGCACUGGAUUACUAUCUUUUAUGAUCUUUUCGGUCUUCCUCGUUCGGCAUAUGGAGCCUUGAGUUCUCCCUUUGGUUGAAUUGACUUUCUGAAAUUUUGCUUCAAAAGACGCUACUUACCCGGUGGACUUCACUGUAACCCUUAACAGCUAGAGUCGGAGGUGUUUGAGUCCGCUCAUUUGCUCAGCAUCAUAACCGACCUCAGGGGUGUGUGAUAAAUCCAUUCACUUGUGUCUUCAGACAAGACGGUGAAGGCGCCUCCGUCGUGCAGGAUCAUGCGUGGUGUAUGUAUGGUUGAAAGCGCGGUGCUAAUAUCACAAGGGCUUCUGUGAAACCUGCUUGAGUAUUGCCUUCUUGCUUUGCCUCACAGAACGCGGCCGUGGCACGCGAAGGUGGUCAUUUGUGAAUGCGUGAACUGCAGGUCUUCACUCGAGACGGCCAUGAUGCCAGAAACCACCGGGGGGAGGACUGAUGUGCCAAGGGGAAACUAGGUGCCACCCUCAUCAAGGGAUUCCGGAGGCGGAACACAGUCGUGGGGGCUGGUGUUUAAAAUAGGAGUUCCGAUUGGGUAGCAGGACCCCAACGCCCCAAUCUCAGGAUGCCCAAGUAUGCUCUCACCCUCUCCACCUACAGUACAGACCUGGUUCCCUGUCGAUAGAUGUGCUUGCGCUCCCGCUAGGUGCACGGGUGGUGGGCAUGGCCGCCCGUUCAUCCCCGUCCUUCCGACCCCUGUUAGGGUGUUUUAGUUUUUGUCGUUGCUCUGGUCCCUGCUGGGGUGUUGUUGGCGGAAAAUCCUGGUCAUUUGCUGUGUGGACCACGGGGUGUGUUGGCACGCCUAUGCGCAGCUCCGGUCGCGCCAGCCAUCUGCGCCGUCUCCCCUCCUCCGGUCUUCUCGCCUCUGUCUUGACACCGGGUCCAGGUGUAGAGUGGGGAAGAGCGAGUGCGGUGGGUGCUGUGCAAGUCUAUUGCCAGUAACUCAUGCACAAGUUAUGGUCGCGUAAGGCCAGUACUGUUGAGACUAGGCAACGGGGUCUCAUUGUAAACGAAAAUCGAGGAGCAGUUAAGUCUCGUCAUCUUGCUAGGGUUUACGAGGACAUUGGUGAACUCCUUUAGAAAUGAUAAGAUGGUUCCGCAAAUCAGCAUGGCUCUCGUUACUAAAGGCAGCAAGUUGAUGUAACUAUUACUGAGAAGUUCACCCUGGGAUUGCUAUGCGGCUGUGCACAUAGCGCCCAGGCCAAUUAAGAAUAACGGACCAUGAAGAAGUUUGAAGUAUUUUGUCCCUGGUAUAAAUUAUAUGGUAUCAGUGAAUUCUGCCGAUUAUGCUUGUUCAUAUUGACCCAACUGUGAAAAACUUGGCGCCUCGGUGGGAUUCGAACUCGCGCAGUAAGGUGAAGGCUUUAGUACAGCCAACGCUCUAGCCACUUGAGCUACGAGGCCUCGCCGGACGACGCGAGUUUAAUCACAUUUGCUUGUGUUAAAUUGAAGGUGUCUGUGGGGGGGGGGGGUGCUGGGAGCCCAAUACUAAAAGGAAACGCCGAUAUAAAUCGUGGUCGCACUAAUCUUACCUUCGCGGGGUCGAGGAUUAGCUCGUCCAACUCAACCGUCGGAAGCAUCAUUGGGGAAAGCAGAUUUGAAUUCGCGUGAAUUAGGUUACGAGGGAUAUUUUCGCCGUAUCAUCUCCACCGUUUUGCCAUAUUUCCGUCUUAUUUCACUGUUCGUGGGACUUAAGGACGGUCGUGGCCGCAGUGGCUCGCCGUCUAUUGUGUGCACCACAUGUGCUGACCCGUCAUUUCCCCUUCCUCCCAUGAAAGGGGCUUCACUUGUCCAGAUCUCGCAUCGGUGGGAGUUGUCAUAGGACCAAAUUAAGAUAAAGACACUACCUUGGUCCUAGGUCCCAUGGAUCAAGUUGGCCGUCGUUCAAGCCAAUGACAUCUCUUACAAACGAGUUAUUACGGAGAAAAAGAGUUCCCGCGGUAUUAAGUCCUCUAUUUUUCUUUCCUCUCUGCAGUGAGUCCUGAGGGACGCGACUACGGGCCGCCAAAAAACAGUUUUAGGAACUGGAUGCGUGUGCGCCUUUUAGCCAGCAGGAAUCCAGUGGUUCACUCCCGAGAGGGAGUGGCAAGUGUCGGCGCAACAACCGUGUACGCCAUGCUCUAAUGUUCCGUUUGAAGUAAAACCACUUUGGACACAUCUGACGUUAAUACUGGCCAAACAGAAGUCGUAGACACCCCGGUUGCCAAAAUUGUUUGUUUGGUAUCAGCAAACUAAUCUUUCUCAUCAGCAGAUUCUGUAGUCAUUAAGGCCACUGCAAGUAGAUUUUAAAAAUUCCGCUGCGAUUCCGGCUCUAGGUUAAUUGACAAGAAUUAUAAAGUAGGUGCACUGCAACGCUUCGCCAUAUCACUCCGGGACGUAGCAGGCUGUAGAGAAGUCCUAACUUGAUCCAUCGAUUGCAGGCAGAAAGUGGUAUUAAACCAUUACUGUUUUAUUCGACGGCCACAAUCAUCAACAUCUGAAUAGUCGCACGUUGAGCAGCUCGUGUUGGACGUUAACUCCUGCCCUAACGUUGUCCUCGGGAAUUUAUUUAAGUUGUUAUAUCGUGCAAAUCAAACAGAUGUUUACGUUUUGGUGGAGAUUUUGGGUAAAUCCGACUGCUUUUAAUUCGCCCGAGUUACUUCUCCUCCCUUUUUUUACUUUUCUCGAGAUUGCAUGUCCUUCUACCCUUAGCAGUUUGUUCAUGCGCUCCCCCCUGGACUGUGGUCCUAGGUUUUUGACCCUUCAGGAGUACCCAUUUGUAUGAAAAGGUCCCAUUAUUUUGCCUCUCUUUUACCCGUCAGGCAACAUCCUCCUUAACAUCCUGAUGACCAAGGACAUUCCAGUGCGUUUGCAAAAAAACAACAUCACCUUCGCCUGUGUCCCCUCACCCCCACUGCCGGGUGACAAGGAGACGGACGCCUCUUCACCAGCCCGCCCCGUCCCAAUGCUCGUUCGAGUCAAAACCGAAGACAUGGCGAAGGAGCUUUUAAAAAACUUGGACAAAUACCGUGGCAAGGCUGAAUAA